AUGGAUACCGCAGCCGGAAGCGGGCACUUGGAAGUUGUAAAAUGGCUACAUGUCAACCGUUCUGAGGGCUGCACGACACGAGCGAUUGAAAUGGCAGCCAAAAACGCCAAUGGACAUCUGGGGAUUGUCAAAUGGUUGCACGAAAAGCGGAACGAAGGGUGCACGACUGAGGCGAUGGACAACGCCGCGAAGAAUGGGCAUCUUGACGUGGUGCAAUGGCUGCAUUCAAACCGAACUGAGGGUUGUACAGAUGCUGCCUUCCGACUGGCCGUCAAGGAGGGGCAUUUCCAGGUCGUGCAUUGGCUGCAC